AUGCCUAUUAAAGUUUAUGGAACGCCGACAUCGACCUGUACUCAACGUGUUCUUACUACUCUCAUAGAAAAGGGUCUCCCAUAUGAGCUUAUCAAAGUGAAUUUAGCAGCCGGUGAACAGAAAACUCAAGAAUAUUUGGACGAAAAACAACCGUUCGGUGUUGUGCCUGUCUUGAUUGACGAGGAUGGAUUCAAAAUCUACGAAUCACGAGCAAUCUGUCGCUACCUAGAGUUGAAAUACAAGGGCAAAGGUACUGAAUUGAUGCCGACCAACGAUGUCAAAGCUCUAGGUCUUUUUGAACAGGCGGCAUCGAUCGAAAUGUCUUACUAUGAUCCGUACGUCAGUGGUAUUGUCUUUGAGCGUCUCUUCAAAGGCAUGAAAGGUCUAGGUGAUCCAGAUGAGGCCAAGAUUGCUUUAUACAGAGAGCAGCUAAAUGCCAAAUUGGACGUAUAUGAGAAGAUUCUUUCCAAGCAGCCCUACUUGGCCGGACAAGACUUCACUUUGGCCGACUUGUUCCAUUUAUCCUAUGGAAAUCGUCUAGUUAAACUUAACGAAGGUCAUUUCUUCGAAUCACGACCACAUGUCAAAGAUUGGUGGAAUCGAAUUACUUCACGUCCAUCAUGGCAACAAGUUCUGGCACUGGCAUAA